AUGGUUUUGGACCUGCUCACAGAAGCAGGAAGACCUUUCUCAACAAUCCUCUUCUGCGCCACAGCAUCAACUGUAUCAACAACCAUUACGGUGGGCUCUACCCUUAUCACCGCAGCCCGCAACACAGCCGUGGUGAUUGCAGCCCGUAGAAAAGAGACCGAGCCUUCGGAAGCGAGGUCAUACGAGCACAUCACUGCGCGCUGCGUGCCUCCAUCUGAGCCGCAGAGGACGGCAACGGUGGGCACUUGCGCGGCCAGCGUGCCGCAUUUGGCGGCUAAAUUCCUCGCGCGGGAAAAUAUGUUGAAUGUUUUAGUUAACAACGCGGGGAUCAUGGCGGUGCCGGAGCGGCGACUCAAUUCCUUUUAA